AUGCUAACUGGAUUACCACCCUUUUACGCUGAAACUACCGAGAGGAUACAUGAAAGGAUUACGUCUAGUGAGCAAAUCGUGUAUCCAAAUUCUCUUCCACCAUCUGCAAAAGACAUCCUGGCCGGGCUUCUCGAGCGCAACCCUGAACAGCGACUAGGUGCAAAACGAGGAGCAAGCGAGAUCAAACAACACCCAUUUUUCGACUGUAUUGACUGGAACAAGCUGACGCGACGUGAAUAUCAUCCCGACUUCAAGCCUCCCAAGGUUACGAUGCCCUUUCCGGAGUCACACAAAGCGCGAGGGCUUGCCAGAGCUGAAGUCAUGAGACGAUUGACUAAAGGAUCCAAUUAUGUGAGCUCGGACCAAUAUAAAAAGUCCAUGGAAAUGAUGCAAGGGAAAUUUCAUGUUGCUACCUAUUCUCUUCCUCCGCCUCCUCCUCCUCCUCCUUUUCCAGAUGUCAAGAUACCUAUUGAUGACAAUCCGGAUUGGGAGUUGGUUUGGGACGAAGAAGCCAAAGGCUUUUACUUCUACAACCGCUCCAACAACGCAAGACAAAUAAUUGUGCGGCAAACAUUUUAUCCAAGACAGCCUUCGAAUCAAGCCCAUGACGGUUCCUCUACGGGUGGUGUCGGCAAUUUGCCUAGUCAGAUCCAGAAGGAGGAUGCACUUGAAGUGGUGUUGAAGGCUGGAUAUAGGCAUUUGAUCCCACAAAUACUGCACAAGUAUGGUGGUAUGGACCUCAACGUUAAGCUUUAUGGCUUUCAUAGGGUACCAACUCUGCUUGAAUUUGCUGUCGAACAGGAAGACGCAAACCUACUACAACUGUUCAUUGAUGGGGGCGCCACCGAUACGUCGGGAAACGCGCUGUUCUUGUCGUAA